AUGUCAAAUAUGAGUUACACUCGUACAUUUUUUGCAAGAAGUCCGAAAAGCACGGGUUUCUCCAUGUGUCUUCCUGAUAUCACUUCUGCCCUAGACAAGGACAAUGUUGUACUGGUUGGGAUUGAAGCACACGUAUGCGUUCUUCAUACAGCUUUAGAUUUGUUGGAAAAAGGCAAAAAUGUCCAUGUUGUUGUAGACGCCGUGAGCUCGCGGUCGCUUACUGACAGUGUAGAUUUUCAUCUAAUUCGAUUACGUUUUCAAUUAGUUUUUCCACGCAUGUCUGCCUUAUCUUCUUGUUCUGGUCAACAGAGUGCUCGCACUGGUCCGAAAUUCACCUUCUUUUUUUCAUUUCUUCAAUUCUUUUUGGACCUUUGA